GCGAGUUCCGCGCAGCCCCGAGCGCCGCCACAACUUUGCGGAGGGGCGGCGGCAGGGAACCCACCCCCCCCGCAACGCGCGUCCACCCACGCGAGACCGGACCCCACGCGGCGGCACCCGCACCCCGAGUCCCGCGCCCCGCCGCGAUGCGCGGCCCCGCAGCCCUCCUCCCCCCGCUCCUUCUCCCCCUCCUCUCCCUCCUCGUCCCGCUGCCGUCCGGGCCGGGAGGGACCGCGUGGGCCGCGUCUUCUCCCGACUCCCCCCAGGGCUGCGCCCGCGGCAGCUGCUACCCGGCCACCGGGGACCUGCUGGUGGGGAGAGCCCCGCGGCUCAGCGCCUCGUCCACCUGCGGGCUGCGGCGGCCCCAACCCUACUGCAUCGUCAGCCACCUCCAGGAGGAGAAGAAGUGCUUCAUCUGUGACUCGCGGAGACCCUACGAUGCCCGCAGCAAUACUGACAGCCACCGCAUCGAGAACGUGCUGACCACCUUUGCCCCCCGCCCCAAGAAGGCCUGGUGGCAGGCGGAGAACGGCGUGGAGCACGUCAGCAUCCAGCUGGACCUCGAGGCUGAGUUCCACUUCACCCACCUCAUCAUGACCUUCAAGACCUUCCGCCCCGCAGCCAUGCUGGUGGAGCGCUCGGCCGACUUCGGCCGCAGCUGGAAGGUGUACCGCUACUUCGCCUACGACUGUGCUGCGUCCUUCCCCCACGUCCCCCGUGGGCCCCCGCGCCGCAUUGACGACGUGAUCUGCGAGUCGCGCUACUCCGACAUCGAGCCCUCCACCGAGGGAGAGGUGAUCUACCGCGUGCUGGACCCCGCCAUCCCCAUCCGGGACCCCUACAGCCCCGCUAUCCAGGAUCUGCUGCGCGUCACCAACCUGAGGGUGAACCUCACCAAGCUGCACACGCUGGGGGACAACCUGCUGGACUCACGGCGGGAGAUCCGCGAGAAGUACUACUAUGCGCUGUAUGAGAUGGUGCUGCGCGGAAACUGCUUCUGCUACGGGCACGCCUCGGAGUGCGCACCACUCAGCGGGGCCACCGCCACUGCAGAUGGCAUGGUGCACGGGCGCUGUGUCUGCAAGCACCACACGCAGGGGCUGAACUGUGAGCGCUGCGAGGACUUCUACCACGAGCUGCCCUGGCGCCCGGCUGAGGGCUCCAGCACCAACGCCUGCCGCCGGUGCGACUGCAACGAGCACUCACGGCGCUGCCACUUCGACAUGGCCGUGUUCCUGGCCACCGGGAAUACCAGCGGGGCCGUGUGCGACGGCUGCCAGCACAACACCAUGGGGCGCCGCUGCCACCUCUGCAAGCCCUUCUACUACAAGGAUCCCAGCAAGGACCUGCGGGAUCCCGCCGUGUGCCGAGCCUGCAACUGCGACCCUGAGGGCACCGUGGACGGAGGGCUGUGUGACGGUGCCGAUGACCCGGAGCGGGGGCUGAUCGCGGGGCAGUGCCGCUGCAAGGAGCAUGUGCAGGGCCCUCGCUGCGACCGCUGCAAAGCUGGCUUCUUCGGGCUCAGUGCUGCCAACCCGCAGGGCUGCCAGCGGUGUCGGUGUGACCCCCGCGGCACGGUGGCCGAUGGCAGCCAGUGUGACCCCAUCAGCGGUGACUGCCUCUGCAAGCGGCUGGUGACCGGGCGCAGCUGCGACCAGUGUCUGCCUGAACACUGGGCUCUCAGCCACGAUCUCCCUGGCUGCCGGCCUUGUGAGUGUGACGUGGGAGGUGCCCACGACAACCAGUGUGCCAUGGAGACGGGGCAGUGCCGGUGCCGCAGCCACAUAGUGGGACGGCAGUGCGAGCAGGUGGAGCCCGGCUUCUACCGCAUCAACCUGGACCACUACACCUACGAGGCCGAGGAUGCCCGGCUGCACAUGGGCUCGGUGGUGCAGCGCGAGCCUCACGCAGGUCACCUGGCCUCCUGGACAGGGUCAGGCUUUGCCCGCAUGCAGGAGGGCGGCUGGGUAGAGUUCCACGUGAGCGACGUGCCCUUCUCCAUGGAAUACGAUGUCAUCAUCCGCUACGAGCCCCAGCACCCGGAGCCCUGGAAAGAGGUGAGGAUGCAGGUGCUGCGCCCCAGCCCCGUGUCUGCCAGCAGCCCGUGCGGGAACACCAUCCCAGCCGACGACCAGCUCUCCACCAGCCUCCUGUCUGGCGCUAGGUACGUGGUGCUGCCCCGUCCCAUCUGCCUGGAGCGAGGGGUCUCCUACACCAUCCGCCUGGAGCUGGGCUGUGCCACAGGGCAGCAGGACCCCACCGCCAGCGUGCUCAUCGAUUCGCUGGUGCUCCUCCCCCGUUAUUCCUCCAUGGAAAUGUUCAUCGCGGGUGACCCUGCUGCCAUGGGACGUCGGGAGACCUUCGAGAGGUACCGCUGCGCUCAGCAUUUCCACACUGUGGUGCUGUCGCCGGUGGCUGAGCCCUGCUCCCGGCUCCUGCACAGCCUCUCAGCCAUCCUGCACAAUGGGGCACUGCCCUGCCUCUGCGACCCGCAGGGCUCGCUCAGCGCCGAGUGCCAACCCCAGGGCGGGCAGUGCCGCUGCAAGCCCAACGUCGUGGGACGGCGCUGCCACCGCUGCUCCCCGGGCACCUUCGGCUUCGGGCCCGGCGGGUGCCGACCCUGCCAGUGCAGUGGUGAGGGAUCGCUGAGUGCCGUGUGCGACACCGUCACAGGGCAGUGCCCCUGCCGCCAGGGUGCCCACGGCUCACGCUGCGACCGCUGCCAGCCGGGCCACUGGGGCUUCCCCACCUGCCGGCCCUGCCAGUGCAACGGGCACGCCGAGGAGUGCGACCCACAGACGGGCAGCUGCCUGCGCUGCCGCGACCACACGGACGGCGAGAGGUGCCAGCGGUGUGCGGCCGGGCACUUUGGGAACCCUGCGCUGGGCUCCGGCCAGCACUGCCGGCCCUGCCCCUGCCCCGACGGACCCGGUGGCCCCCGGCACUUUGCUGCCUCCUGCUACCAGGAUGGGCGCUCCCGGCAGGUUGUCUGCCACUGCAGCCCCGGGUACACAGGUCCCCGCUGUGACGAGUGUGCGCCCGGGUACUACGGGGACCCUCUGCAACCCGGCGGGCACUGCCGGCCCUGCCAGUGCCACAAUAACAUCGAUACGACUGACCCAGAGGCAUGUGACCGGCGCACGGGGCAGUGCCUGCGAUGCCUCUACAACACGGCAGGGCCACACUGUGCCGAGUGCCAGCCUGGGUACUAUGGGGAUGCCAUGCGGCACAGCUGCAGGCGUUGCUCCUGCAACACACUGGGCACCGACCCCAACACCUGCGGGCCACAGCAGUGCCAGUGCGACCAACGCAGCGGGCAGUGCCACUGCCUGCCCCACGUGGAGGGACAGAGCUGUGACCGCUGCAGCCCCAACUUCUGGAACCUGGGCAGUGGGCAGGGCUGCGAGCCCUGUGCCUGCCACCCCCAGCACUCCUUGUCGCCUGCAUGCAACCAGUUCACAGGGCAGUGCUCGUGCCGGCCAGGCUUCGGGGGCCGGACCUGUGCCAACUGCCAGGAGCAGCACUGGGGUGACCCACGGCUGCAGUGCCGAGCCUGCGACUGUGACCCCCGCGGCAUCGCCAGCACCCAGUGCCAUCAUGGCAGUGGGCACUGCGACUGCCGGCCCGGCAUCUCAGGCGUCCGCUGCGAUCAGUGCGCCCGGGGCUUUUCUGGCACCUUCCCGGCCUGCCAGCCUUGCCACCCCUGCUUUGGGGACUGGGACCGCGUGGUGCAGGACCUGGCCUCCCGCACCCGGGCUCUGGCGCAGCGGGCCAGCCUCCUGCAGCACACCGGAGCUGCCGGUGCCUUCGAGGGCACCUUCCGGCGGCUGGAGGAGAGCCUGGCCACCAUACGUGAUGCAGUGGCUGCCCGCAAUGCCACCGCCGCCACUGCCACGUUCCUGACACGUGCCACAGAGGGGUUGCGGCAGCAGAUCGGGGAAGCCACUGAGAAGCUGACACGGCUGGAGAGUGAGCUGACGGUGGCACAGGAUGCCAAUUUCAACGCCAGCCACGUGCUGGGCAUGGUGGACCGCGGGGCCCGCACCCUCAACCACAGCCUACGUGAGCUGGAGCAGCGGCUGCAUGCCCUCAAGACCUCAAAUUUCCUUGGUGCCUUCGACAGCAUCCGCCAGUCCCACUGGGAAUCGCAGGAUGCUGAGCGCCGAGCGGAUGCCUCCACCCGUGUCGUACCCAGCCCUGUCAGUGCUUCAUCAGCCACGCGGCACCACACCGAGCAGCUCCUGGCCAGCAGGAGGGAUGCCUUCAACCGGCAGAACGCAGCCAGCCGGCGAGCGCUGACGGAGCUGGCGGCCAGGGCGCGGGAGCUGAGCCUGCAGCCGGUCAACAAGAAGGUGUGCGGCGCUGCUGGGGAUGUGCCCUGUGCUGAGAGCCCCUGCGGAGGAGCCGGCUGCCGGGAUGAGGACGGGGCACGACGCUGCGGAGGGCUGAGCUGCGGCGGCGCCGUCUCCACCGCUGACAGUGCGCUGGACCGUGCACGGCACGCACAGGAGGAGCUGCGGCGGGCGGCUGGAGAAGUGGCCCAGCUCUCCCAUAGGGUGGCUGAGGCCAAGGGGAAGGCGGACGAGGCUCGGCUGCAGGCGCAGGCAGCCCUGGACAAGGCUAACCAGACCAGGGCCCGUGUGGAGCACUCCAACAAGGAGCUGCGGGAGCUCAUCAGCCACGUCAAGGCCUUCCUGAGCCAGGAGGGCGCUGAUCCCGAGAGCAUUGAGGUGGUGGCCAGCCGCGUGCUGGAGCUGUCUCUGCCUGCCUCGCCGGCCCAGAUCCACCGCCUGGCCGAGGAGAUCAAGGCGCGGGUGCGCAGCCUGGCCAGUGUGGACGCCAUCCUCGAGCAGACAGCUGGCGACGUGCGCCAGGCUGGGCAGCUGCUGCAGGAUGCCCAGCGGGCCAAGGCACGGGCGGAGGGCGUGCGGGGCACAGCUGAAGCAGUGCAGCAGGCACUGGAGGAGGCGCGGCAAGCACAGGGCGCAGCCGGGCAGGCGCUGCACAGCACUGCUGCUGACAUCCAGCACAGCGAGCACACCAUCGGCACGAUGCGGGCGCAGACGCUGGGUGCGGAGCAGCAGCUGGCUGCCGCCAUGGAGCGGCUCGGUCUCCUGGAGGGACAGACGGACGCCCUGAAGGUGAAGCGUGCCAACAACAGCCUGGCGGCCACGCGUGCCCAUGACGCGGCUGGCAUCGCGCGGGACCGUGCCAGUGAAGCCAAGCAGGUGCUGGAGGGGCCGCUGAAGGACCGGUACCGGGCAGCCCAGGAGCUGGUGCAGCACCGGGCGCAGGGAGCGCAGCAGGCAGGCGGCCGGGCCCAGCAGCUGCGCGAGGAGGCCGCCGGGCUGCUGCAGGAUGCCCAGGGCAAGCUGCAGAAGCUGCGAGCGCUGGAGGAGGCGUAUGAGCGGAACGAGCGGGUGCUGGACGCCAAGGUGGCCCAGCUGGAUGGGUUGGAGGCCAGGAUGAGGGAGGUGCUGGCCACCAUCAACCAGCAGGUCCAGAUCUACAACACCUGCCAGUGAUGGCCGCCCUGCUGCCCGCAGCCCCUCCUGCUCGCCUCACCUCUGCCAGCCCUGGGGGUGGUGGGGGCUCAGAGAGCCCUUGCGAUGGGCACCCCGCGUGUGAAUAAAGCUACCCAGCAAGA